CUCCUGCAUCUUUUUCUUCUCUCUAUAAAGAAAUUCAAGAUUCCUAUUUCCCUGGGAUUUCCGCAGAGUGAUCUUGAGAAUCGGUCGGAACUGGGAUAUUCAGACGAUGGCGUCGUGGAAUUCGAUUCAGCUGGAGAUCACAUACAGAGUUCUGGGGUGGUUGACUUUCACGUUUUGGGCUGUCGGCUUCUACCCUCAAGUGUUCUUGAAUUUCCGUCGAAAAAGUGUUGUGGGGCUGAGCAUCGAUUUUGUGGUGCUGAAUUGGACGAAACACUCGUCGUAUCUCAUUUACAACGCCUCUCUUUACUUCAGCUCCGCCGUUCAGAAGCAGUACUUUGAAAAGUACGGUUUCGGAGAGAUGAUACCUGUAGCUGCAAAUGAUGUUGCUUUCUCUGUUCAUGCCGUUUUUGUAACAUCCAUUAUCCUUUUCCAAAUUGCAACCUAUGAACGAGGAAGUCAGAAAGUAUCCAAGAUUGCCAUUGGAAUCGUCUUUGGUGUGUGGCUAUUUGCUGCAGUUUGCACCUUGGUUGCUCUGCCAACUCAUUCUUGGCUUUGGCUCAUCUCUAUCUUCAACUCAAUUCAAGUUUUUAUGACAGUCAUCCAAUAUACUCCCCAGGCAUACAUGAACUUCAUAAGAAAGAGCACAGAUGGAUUAAGUAUUUUCUUUAUUCUACUUGAUCUUUCGGGAGGAGUGGGAAGUUAUGCACAAAUGGCUGUGCAGUCUAUUGAUCAAGAUUCUUGGGUGAACUUUUAUGGAAACAUAGGGAAGACACUGCUAUCUUUGAUAUGUGUAUCAUUUGAUCUUCUUUUCAUUUGCCAACAUUAUGUUCUGUAUCCUUCCAAGAAGCCAUUGAUAUCUCCUAAAAUGAUCACCAGCAAGGAGGACUUGGAGCCCCUUGUCAGUUCUAAUAAUCACCAAGUGUCUGAAAAUGUCUAGAACUUUUGUUUUGCUGGUGAAAAUUGUACAAGAGCUUCGUUGGGCCCAAGAUGUAUGAUUUUAUUUUGUAAUGAUUCUGCAAAAAAGUAUUGUUCUGACUUUCUGUACAGUAUAACCGGCCACUUGGGUCUCAAAAUUUUGUUUGGGGCUUAGGGUUGAAGUAUGAAUAUAUGGGGUUUUGUUUCUCCUUAAA